AUGACCAAGUACUUCUGUUUUUGGGAUUUACUGAAAAAUAAAGAUCAUCGAAAAUGGAAUGGAAUAUGGAUGGAGGUUUUGGUUGAGAUGAAGCAUACAGCACUACAUGUUGAUGUAUAUUUGAAAUGCUAUUCUGCUGGUUUAAUUCUUCAAAGCUUUCUGUGUUUUGAGUUCAAAGAUGAUGCAUAUAGGAUGGGGUUAACUUCGUCUUCAAAAUGGGGGGAGCAGUUAUUACUAUUUGGUCCUCUGAGCAUGGGUAAAACAUGUACAACUUCUUCUUGGGGACUGUGGAUGGGAGGGCUUGGAGUACUGGAGCCUGUGGUGAGGAAACUACAAACCUCUUUUUCACGUUCAAAAGGGGUGAAGCAGGGCCAUUUUGUCGUGAUUGCAACACAAGGGUGGAAACCAGAAAGAUUCUUUAUUGAAUUGGGGUAUUUAGAUCACCCUGACUUUGUGAAGUUGUUAAAGCAAGCUGAAGAAGAGUUCGGGUUCUCUCAGGUGGGAGCACUAGAAAUUCCAUGCGAACCAGAUGACCUGAAGAGAAUCAUUGGAAGGAAAAAGAAUAGGAACAAGGGCAUUACCUGUUGGGUCAAAGGGAUAAGAGUUGCAUGA